AUGGCUUUCCAUCACACCGACGAGACAUUCUUCAUCGACUCCGAUGAGCCUCUCCACACUCGCAUCGACCCCCGAACGGCCGCCAAGAUGAUUGCUCGCAACAGACAAGAUAUCAUCGCCGGUGAGCUAUCGCGGCUCGCCGGUGAGGAGUAUUUAGAGGACAUCAUGCAACACAUGAGACAAAUGGAGGACGAAACUCUUCCGGACGCUAGCCUCAUUGACAUGCAACGGGAAAUCCAAUGGUUCAUGAGACCCUAUCUCAUUGACUUUCUCGUUGAAGCCCACGCUGCCUUCGCACUCCUCCCGGAGACCCUCUUUCUGACUGUCAACCUCUUGGAUCGCUAUUGCUCAAGACGUGUCGUGUACAAGCAACACUACCAGCUCGUGGGCUGCGCUGCCUUGUUAAUUGCUGCCAAGUAUGGAGACAAGAAGGAUCGGGUUCCUCAAAUACACGAACUCAACAACAUGUGCUGCGGACUGUAUGAUGCCGGCAUGUUCACCCAGAUGGAGAUGCACGUUCUGAACACGCUAGAGUGGACAAUUGGGCACCCUACUGUUGACUUCUUCUCACAACUAAUGGUUACCGAGGAGCAUGACGACAGGGAAGUGGAGCAGAUGGCGGCGUAUCUCAGCGAAAUUGCCUUGUACCACCGAGAUUUUGUUUCGACAAAGCCCUCAAUCAUGUCGCGUGCUUCACUAGCACUCGCAAGAGCAAUCCUCGGCCGCCCAGAAGCGAACGAUGGGGAGUGGGAUCACACUGAGAACCUCACCCUUCUCACUCUUUCACAGCACCUCAACCAACCCUCACCGACUCUCGCUCGGAAAUAUUCCACCCCCCACAUGUCUAGAGUCUCACAAAAACUUGCCGACUUCAUGGCCGAACAAGCUGCCAUGGCCGCACGCAAUGCCAACCCCCCUUCGCCGCCAAGCGACGUGCCGUUAAAACACGGUGACAUCUACAGCACUCCUCAGAAGGGCCACGGUGCAGCCAUGGGUUUUGAGGGCUACUUGACGCCUCCCAUUACACCAGACGGUGCUUGCUUUGGUAACGGAAACCCCCAGCAUGUGGUCAAGGACGUUUAUCAAAUGCCUCCUCGGUGCCCGGUUACACCAACACCACAACACCACGCUGGUUACGCCCAACAAGCACGCCAAUACAUUGGCUUCCCUUCACAACAUCAGUUACACGGGAUUCACCAACAAUAG